GGUGCGCGCGGCGCGGGAGCUGUGGGAGCUGCGGGCGCUCACGGCGGGUCCGGGGAAGGAGCGCCGCGCCUGAGGAGGCGGCGGCAGGAGCGACGGCUGCCCGGCCCCGGGCGGCUGGAGGGUCGAGCAGCUGCCGCGAUGGAUCAGCUAUCAGAUGAAGAAAUUGACCAUGGAGCUGAAGAAGACAGUGAUAAGGAAGAUCAGGACCUGGACAAAAUGUUUGGAGCCUGGCUAGGGGAGCUGGACAAACUCACUCAGAGUCUGGAUUCUGAUAAGCCCAUGGAACCAGUAAAAAGAUCUCCUCUUCGUCAGGAAACAAAUAUGGCCAAUUUUUCUUAUCGAUUCUCCAUAUACAACUUGAAUGAAGCUCUGAAUCAGGGAGAAACUGUGGAUCUGGAUGCCCUGAUGGCCGAUCUUUGCUCCAUAGAGCAGGAGCUCAGCAGUAUUGGUGCAGGAAGUAGUAAGCGUCAAAUCACAGAAACAAAAGCCACUCAGAAACUACCUGCUAGCCGACAUACAUCAAAACAUGGCACUUUGAAAGGAUUGUCUUCUUCAUCUAACAGGAUAACGAAACCAUCACAUGCCAACUACUCCCUGGAUGACAUCACUGCACAGUUAGAACAGGCUUCUUUGAGCAUGGAUGAGGCUGCUCAGCAGUCUGUACUAGAAGAUACUAAGCCCUCAGUAACUAACCAGCACAGAAGAACAGCGUCGGCAGGCACAGUGAGCGACGCCGAAGUGCGCUCUAUUAGCAACUCCUCUCGCUCCAGCAUCACCUCCGCGACCUCCAGCAUGGACUCUUUGGAUAUUGAUAAAGUAACACGCCCUCAAGAGCUGAAUUUGACACAUCAGGGGCAGCCAAUUACCGAGCAUGCUAUUUCUCUGAGAUGUUCCAGCAAGCAGGCCAAGCAUCAUAUUGACUUCACAGAAGAACAGGCUGAGCUGACACCUCACUCCUAUCUGGACAGGGAAACCUCCCUUCUUCUGAGAAACAUUGCAGGAAAACCUUCUCAUUUGCUGACCAAGGAAGAACAGGCUGCAAAAUUGAAAGCUGAGAAGAUCAGAGUUGCCCUGGAGAAGAUUAAAGAGGCACAAGUGAAAAAGUUGGUGAUUAGAGUCCACAUGUCUGACGAUAGUUCUAAAACAAUGAUGGUGGAUGAGAGGCAGACAGUGAGACAAGUGCUGGAUAACCUAAUGGACAAAUCCCACUGCGGUUAUAGUUUAGACUGGUCGCUGGUAGAAACCAUCUCUGAAUUACAAAUGGAGAGAAUCUUUGAAGACCAUGAAAACUUGGUUGAAAAUCUUCUUAAUUGGACAAGAGAUAGCCAGAACAAGCUUAUAUUUAUGGAACGUAUAGAAAAAUAUGCACUUUUCAAGAACCCACAGAAUUAUCUUCUGGGGAAAAAGGAAACUGCUGAGAUGGCAGAUAGAAACAAAGAAGUGCUGUUGGAGGAAUGUUUUUGUGGAAGUUCUGUAACUGUGCCAGAAAUUGAAGGAGUCCUGUGGUUGAAAGAUGAUGGCAAAAAGUCCUGGAAAAAGCGUUAUUUUCUCUUGCGAGCAUCUGGUAUCUACUAUGUCCCUAAAGGAAAGGCAAAGGUCUCUCGGGAACUGGUGUGCUUUCUCCAGCUGGAUCAUGUCAAUGUUUAUUACGGACAGGAUUACAGGAACAAAUACAAAGCACCUACAGAUCAUUGUCUGGUGCUCAAGCACCCACAGAUCCAGAAGAAAUCUCAGUAUAUCAAGUACCUUUGCUGUGAUGACAUGAGGACCCUGCAUCAGUGGGUCAAUGGUAUCCGCAUUGCAAAGUACGGGAAACAGCUCUACAUGAACUAUCAAGACGCCCUGAAGAGGACAGAGUCCGCUUACGAUUGGACUUCCUUAUCCAGCUCCAGCAUUAAAUCAGGAUCCAGUUCUUCCAGCAUCCCAGAGUCUCAGUCAAAUCAUUCUAACCAGUCUGACAGUGGAGUAUCUGAUACUCAGCCAGCGGGACACGUCCGCUCUCAGAGUAUUGUGAGCUCCAUCUUCUCUGAAGCCUGGAAACGUGGUACUCAGUUGGAAGAAUCCAGCAAGAUCCGAGUGGAGUCUGUCAACCGACCCUACACCUCACUUAUGCCCCCUUUAUCCCCACAGCCCAAGCUGGUCACCCCCUACACUGCCUCACAGCCUUCCCCCCCUCUGCCGCCCCCGCCGCCGCCCCCUCCCCCGCCCCCGCCUCCUCCCCCGCCCCCUCCCCCUCCUCUGCCCAGCCAGUCUGCACCUUCUGCUGGCUCGGCAGCCACCAUGUUCGUCAAGUACAGCACAAUAACCAGGCUGCAGAACGCUUCUCAGCACUCAGGACCCCUGUUCAAGCCUCCAGCACCCGCAGUGAUGCAGUCUCUGACGUCCACCUCCCAGGCAGGAAAGCCUCAGAUCCUGGUGCCCCCCAACGGAGUCGUGCCCCCGCCCCCUCCUCCGCCCCCGCCCCCCACGCCAGGCUCAGCCAUGGCGCAGCUCAAACCCGCACCCUGCACCCCAUCCCUCCCGCAGUUCAGCCCCCCGCCCCCUCCACUGAAGAUUCAUCACGUUCAGCAUGCCGCCCAGACGGCCCCUCCGACACCGCCACCACCGCCUCCUGUCCCUGCACCCCUCCCUCCCCAAGCGCCCCCCAAGCCCCUUGUGACCGUGCCCCUACCAACCAGCACCAAGCCCGUGCCACCUGCUAUGACACAAGCGGUGCCACCCGCGCCUACUCCUCCAGCUCCCCCAGCAAAAAAGCAGCCGGCUUUCCCUGUGCCCCACGGCCCCCCCUCUUCCCCUGCUCCUCCUGCGCCAGUCCCCCCGCCAACACUGCCGAAGCAGCAGAGCUUCUGUGUAAAGCCACCUCCGUCCCCGCUGUCUCCGGUGCCCUCGGUCGUGAAGCAGAUCGCCAGCCAGUUUCCGCCCCCUCCAGCCCCUCCCCCCGCGGAGCAGCCCUUCAAGCCUCCCUCGGCGAAUGUGGCCCCACAGUCCCCUCCUGCUGUAAAAGCAAAACCCAAGUGGCAGCCCAGCUCUAUCCCUGUCCCCUCUCCGGACUUCCCUCCUCCUCCACCUGAGAGCAGCCUGGUGUUUCCUCCUCCCCCUCCGCCUCCUCCCCCUCCUCCUCCUCCGCCCCCGCCCCCGCCCCCGCCCCCACCCGCCCCUGCUCCAGCCCCAGCCCCUCUGCCUCUGACAGCCACACCCCCGGCUUCUGCCUCUGACAAAAGUGGAUCUCCGGGGAAGAAGACCAGUAAGACAUCCAGCCCCGGGGCAAAGAAACCUCCCCCGACCCCACAGCGAAACUCCAGCAUUAAGUCGAGCAGUGGCGCAGAGCACCCUGAGCCCAAGAGACCCUCCGUGGACAGUCUAGUGAGCAAGUUCGCGUCGCCGGCGGAACCCUCGGGGUCUCCCAGCAGAGAGACCCAGUCGCCUCCGGCAGCGCCCCCCAAACCCGGAAAACUGAACCUUCCCGGAAUUCUGCAGCAAGGGUGUGCGUCGGCCAAAGCCUCGGUCCUGGGUGGCCGUGGAAAGGGCUCUGCGGUCGAGUUCCCUUCUCCUCCGUCCGAUUCGGACUUUCCCCCGCCUCCGCCUGAAAUAGAGCUUCCUCUGCCCCCCGUAGAGAUUCCCGCCGUCUUCUCGGGAAACACCUCGCCGAAAGUGGCCGUCGUCAAUCCUCAGCCGCAGCCGUGGUCCAAAACGUCGACGAAGAAAGCCCCUCCGCCCACACGACCCAGGCGGAACGACAGCACCCGCCUCACGCAAGCAGAGAUCUCGGAGCAGCCCGCGACGGCCGCCGUCGUGCCUCAAGUGCCCACGUCCCCCAAGUCCAGCCUUAGUGUCCAGCCCGGAUUCCUCGCCGACCUCAACAGGACGCUGCAGCGGAAGUCCGUCACCCGGCACGGCUCGCUCUCCUCCGCCCGCACGUCCCGGGCAGAGCCCACGGCCACCAUGGACGACAUGGCACUGCCGCCGCCGCCCCCGGAGCUGCUUUCCGAGCCGCAGAAGGCCGGCUUCGGAGGUGGCCACAUAGCGGGCUAUGCAACGUUGCGGAGAGGCCCCCCGCCCGCUCCCCCCAAAAGAGACCAGAGCACCAAGCUCUCGAGAGACUGGUAGCGGCUGCCGCCGGACUUUGUUGUCAUGGUGUCUGUAACCAGUUCUACAAUCAGCUCCCCUGACCGCCUGUGAUUCUGGUGUUCAGAGCUUCCUAGUAUGAUGAUGUGGUCAUUCAGGUAGAACCCAGCUGUACGUGUGUGUACGUGUGCGUGGACACACAUAGCUCCGCGCACAUAGGUAGUGUGCGUAUGUAUAUGUACGUGUAUGUAUACAUAUAUGUAUGUGUAUGGAUA